AUUAUUUCCGGCAGUGAUAAAGAUGAUUAUGAUGCUUUUAUAUGUCUAGCAAAUAUUUAUAUCAUAACAGUAAAUACAAAAAUAUGCCUCGCAGUAUACCAUUUGUUCAAGUUACAUCUUUUUUAUAGCCAAUAUUUUUACAGAAAAAUAUUUCUUGCAACAGCAAGUGCUUUAAAGAAAUUCCUCUUGUGGGAGGUAUCCGUCUGAUGAUGAUCACUUGUUAACUACUUGUUAACUCUGAUCUCUUUAAAGUGGCGGAAAGUUUUUCAGCACGGAAAAAGAGAGAGAAGGAGACAUAGCACGUUUCUUUUGCGAGAGAAUGCACAUCACGUUUCAUCAUCCAGGAAGUUUCUGACUACACACGUUCGUAUCGAUCUCGGAACGUGUUAAUGGUAUUGUCGAUAGAUGCUCGUGGAGUGCAAUAAUGAGUAACUUGACGAGGCGCUCACGCGCCUUUUAUACUGCGGCAUAAUAGUAUGCAAGAAAAGGGGAAAAAAACGAGGCGAGGGAUAUGUGCAAAAAGCGGAAACGUCGAAUCAUCGAACAAUACCCGGAGCCAGAUAACACUACAAGGCGUGGACGAGCAGUAGUAGGUGGGGAAGACACGAGACACACGAUACGGAAUAAAUACUGGCCUGAAAUCGAGCGGAAUUCAGUCGCACACUUAGUGUACUAACGACGUCUGAUCACUGUGGGAGGGUGCUUGUUUACGCGCAGACCCCCAUUGUUUGGCACCACUUGCCAAUUGAUUAAUUAGUAGCGCCUCGCUACCACAAAACUCUCGAGACGUUCGAGCGUCAGUUUGUAAUUAACCAGCGAGAAGCUCGUUACCACCGAAGUCGAUAGUAUUCUGCUGCGAAACUUCAUCGUCCAAACGCGGACCAGACUACCACGAUGCUACCAAUUCAAUACUCUCUGAUCUUUGUCUUCGCGUCUGUCGCGGCCGCCACUUUUUUCGGCUUUGGUACAACGACCCCCGAGGCCGACAACCUGCGGCAAUUCGACGUUUAUUGGAACGUGCCCAGUUUUAUGUGCAAUCAAUACGGCGUAACAUUUGAUAAUCUCAAAGAUUUUGGAAUUCGUCAAAAUGCGAUGGAUAAAUUUCGUGGUGAAGAGAUAGCGAUCCUUUAUGAUCCUGGAAUGUUUCCAGCGUUAUUAACCGAUAAAACUGGAAUCGUAACAAAAAGAAACGGUGGCGUUCCUCAAGAAGGCGAUCUGAAGAACCAUCUCGCGAUGUUUCGAAAGCACUUGGAGAAGCAAAUCCCUGACGGGUCAUUUAGCGGUAUCGGCGUGAUAGACUUUGAGAGUUGGCGACCAAUCUUUCGACAAAAUUGGGCUUCUCUCGAGCCCUACAAGACUCUGUCCAUAAAACUGGAACGUGAGAGACAUCCUUAUUGGAGCGACGGAGCAAUCAAGAAGGAAGCGAAGCGUCGCUUCGAAAAAUAUGGCAGAAUGUUCAUGGAGGAGACUCUGAAGAUGGCAAAGAAGCUUCGGCCUAAAGCCACAUGGGGUUACUACGGCUAUCCGUAUUGCUUCAAUCAGACUCCUGGUCAGCCCACCGCACACUGCAAUCGUCAAACCAUGGUAGAGAACGAUGAAAUGUCUUGGCUCUUCACGCUCGAGGACGUGCACUUGCCUUCCGUGUACUUGAGGCAAGAGAUCAGGGAGGACAAUCGGGUGGGCUUCGUCAAGGGUAGAGUAUCGGAAGCGUUACGCGUGGCGGAGAGAAACCCGCACAAGCAGCAAAUUCUUCCCUAUUACUGGUUCAAGUAUCAGGAUCGCAGAGAUAACUUCUUGAGUAAGAAAGACACGGAAAACGCGUUCAACACGAUCGCCAACCUCGGCGCCAACGGUCUGGUCAUUUGGGGUAGUUCCGAAGACACAAAUACGGAACAAAAGUGCAAGGACCUGCUGCAAUAUGUGAGAGAGACUCUGGGACCAACAAUAAGGCAGCUCAAACGGUUCUAAGUGGCAAUAGUUUAAGAGAAGUUGCACUGUCUGCAGUACAAACAAAACCUUUUUUUUUUAUUCGAUCGUUUAUUUCGAUCGUAAUUUAAUUUCUUACGAUUUAAAGUAGACAUGAUUGUAGAAAUUUGAUGCGUACCUGGUAAGAUAUGACACGUUUGUAAAUUGAACAAGUGUAGGUAAAAUGCCAUCUAAGAAAUAUUAUGAACUCCGAGGAGUCGUAAAGGAUCGGGAGAACCGAGGGCUGAAAUGACGAGAGACCGCGAGGGAAGGCGGAGGUAGCUUUCAGCUGCUCGGCUCCGAAUUCUUGCGGACCGGCGCGGCGUAGCGCGGCGACGGCGGCGGCAGUCUUAGUGAUCUCGUUAACGUCGGUGGAGGCGCGCGUCGCGGCGUAUCGGUUCGCCAUCCUUGAAUCCUCCUCUUCAUCACCUUCGCGCCGCGCAUCGCCCCGAGACCGGCAAUCGCACGUAGCUCGGUUCUCUCACGGCUAUACGAUCGAUGAGCGCGCGCGAUGUUGGCGUACGACAAGUUUUACUGGUUCGCGAUGUAACGCCUCGGGCGAUAUGCUUUUUACAGUACGUGCGACGCGUUUUGUAGAGAGGUGGUAGCCGGGAGAUCUCUUUCCCUCGCUCACGGUUGUGAUCUCUUCCCCUCCUCGGCAUUCGCCUCGCUGCUGCGGCCCCGUCGUCCUUUCUCUCCACUCUGUCGCACCUGCGGAGAACGUCGAUGCCGAGGCGCGAGAUCGACGAAGAGGGAGAACGGAACGGGAACGCGGCGCGGAACGGGAACCGAACGCGUACCGCGAGUAGAAGGAGGAGCUGAAGGAGAGAACCCGGUGGUGGAGGUGGAGGAAGAAGAAGAAGA